UCUCGACUGUCCAUGCUUGGAAAAACUCUUUAAUAGGCUGCUGAGUCGUUUCAUCGCUCCAGUGUUGCUCUCUUUAGUGAAAGCAGUUUGAUCCUCUUCACGGUUUGCUUUAGUAUCAUGGGAAUGUUGGAUAUUUUGCUCCAGGGCUCCAUUUCUUUCUCUCUGUUUGUGGGUCUUGUAGUUCUGCUGAUUUAUUUCAUUGCCUCAUCAAUAUUUAGAUCCCAAUGGCACAAAAACGAGCCACCAGGACCCACACCGCUUCCCUUCCUGGGGAAUCUGCUGCAGAUUGACUUGAAGAAACCUUACAAAACAUUAAUGGAGUUCUACAAGAAAUACGGGCCAGUUUUCACUGUUCAUCUGGGUCCUAAGAAAGUGGUGGUCCUGGCAGGAUACAGGACAGUGAAGGAGGCGCUGGUCAACCACGACGACGUGUUUGGGGACAGAGAUGCACCACCAAUUAUGGAAGAACUUAACCAAGGACACGGAGUGUUGUGGAGCAACGGUGACACAUGGAGAGAAAUGCGACGAUUUUCUUUGAGCAACCUGAGGGACUUUGGCAUGGGUAGAAAAGUGUGUGAGGACAAAAUCAUUGAGGAAUGUCAGCAGCUGACGGAAGUUAUCAAAAAUUAUAAAGGAAAACCUUUUGACACAACCCAACCAAUAACCUACGCCGUCUCUAACAUCAUCUGCUCCAUGAUUUAUGGAAGCAGAUUUGAAUAUGAUGAUCCAGAGUUUGACUGUAUGUUAUCUCGGGUACAUAAAAUUAAUCUGCUUUUUGGCUCCUCUUCAGUUCAGGCAUACAAUCUCUUUCCAUCACUUUUCAAGUGGAUUGCCAACAGAAGGGAGUCUUACAAUGUGGCGGCUGCUAACAGGAAACAAAACUUUGUCCGCUUCAGUCAUUUGAAAAAGACUCUCAAUCCAGAGACGUGCAGAGGAUUAGUGGACGCUUUCCUGGUUCACAAGCAAAAGUUAGAGGAAGCCGGGAUUACCAACAAUCAUUUUCAUGAUGACAACCUUUCCAUGACUGUCAUGAAUCUCAUCGUCGCCGGUUCUGAGACAACGACCACAACGCUGAGGUGGGGUCUGCUGUUCAUGGCCAAGUACCCAGAAAUACAAGACAAGGUUCAAGACGAGCUGAGGGAAGUCGUAGGAGAUCGUCAGGUUCAGGUGGCCGACAGGAGAAACCUGCCCUACACCAACGCUGUGAUCCAUGAAACACAGAGGAUGGCAAAUAUUCUUCCCAUGUCGCUUCCUCGCAGAACUACUCAAGACGUCACAAUUCAGGGACAUUUCCUUAAAAAGGGAACUUCGGUCUACCCUUUUCUGAUGUCUGUCCUUUAUGAUGAAAGUGAGUGGGAGAAACCGCACACCUUCCACCCUUCCCACUUUCUUGACAAAGACGGGAAGUUUGUGAUGCAAAAUGCCUUCAUGCCGUUUUCUGCAGGUCGCAGGGUUUGUCUGGGAGAAAGUCUGGCCCGGAUGGAGCUCUUCAGGUUUUUUACCAGCCUGCUGAAGCACUUUCGUUUUUCUCCUGCACCCGGAGUUUCAGAGGAAGACCUGGAUCUGACUCCUCAAACUAACUUCGCCCUUUCCCCUUCAUCUCAUCAGCUGUGCGCCAUUCCACGCAUGUGAAGAGGACAGCAUGUUCUAUGAAUAAAUAAUCUGCUCUGCUAUUACAAAAAAAAGUAAAGUAAUAAAAGUAUGACUCAAUCACGUGGAUAAAUUAGACAAAUCGAACUCUGUAACAACCAGAUUGUUUAGCAAUGACUGUAUUA